AAUGGGCGUAGUCACCUAACGUGACAGCAGUUCUGCAACAGAAAAGCAUGAAGUAGACUGAGUGAAGGAGAGGUGGAGAGAAGAAAGGGAAGGAUUGUGAAGAGACAAAGACCAAAAGAGACAGCUGAGAGGUGGUGGUGGCAGCUUGAUAAUUGCAGCAGCUCCAGAGAGUUCAAGGAGGACGUUUAAGAUGAGGUCAACUCUACAAAGAUGUUGGUGCCAUAGAAGCAGUAGCAUAUCAAUAACAAAUACACAAGACUAAUGCCAGCAGCCAUGGGGUCGUGGACCAGGCCGCUGUGUAAAUGUUGUGCAUCGUUGCCUGUGCAGCCGCAGGUCGCCUUGGAGCUGAGUGAGGACAUCAGUGUGGAAACCAAAAGAUGGCUGAUGUCCAGGAUCCAGGCGGAGAAGAUAGCUGGUGGUGCUGAACUGAUGGUCCAUCCUGGUGAAGAUGACGAGGGGAACAUGCUCCUUGUCUCCGCAUCUCGACACGUCCUCCUGAGGGCAGCCGAGGUGCUCGGACUUUACAAACUCUACAAAGAUGGCUCCAUGAUUUCCUUUUGCUACCGGGACAGGAGAAACUUUGAAAACUCAGAUAACAUCGAUGAGUUUCUGACUUUAGCCGAGUGUCAGUUCAUCAUCCUACGAACACUGGGCAACAUAAAAGCCGUGGAUGAGAAGUAUGUGCCAGGCUAUCCCACAACGUCGCUCUAUCCAGGAGAAGCAAUUUUUAACAGGUUGCAGAAGAGCAAGAUUCUGCUCGGCUUCUAUCCUCUACACCAGGAGGAAAUGUUGAGUGAGCUGGAAAAAUGCUGGUACUCCCACAGGAAGCUGACACUGCAGCCCAUCGAUUCCAUCUACAGGUAUUAUGGUGGCUCUGUAGCCAUGUACUUCAGUUUUCUAGAAUUCUUCACCUGUUCAUUGGCACCAAUGGCGAUCUUUGGUACCAUAGUGGUCGCUCUAUCAAUGGAUACCGUAGAUAAAUGCAUCCUGUUUUCGGUUUUCAACAUAAUCUGGUCGACGGUGAUCAUGGAACUGUGGAAGCGCCACAGCUUUGUCCUCUCCUACACCUGGGGGACGCUGCAGAUGAACAGUCAAUUUGAGGAGCCCCGCAUGGGUUACGAGGGGCCGAUGGGCACAAACCCCAUCACCCUUCGCCACCAGCCCUAUUACCCUGCGUGGAAACGUAAAGUGAAGAUCUGGCUGGUCUCCGUUCCAUUCCUAUGUCUGUUUCUAGCCUUCGCCCUCUACGGGACGUAUCUAUUCUUCAGGUUGGAGGCGUGGGUCAAAGGCUUUUACAGUGAACAUGAAAACUGCUGGAACUGUGUGUUGUAUCUACCGAGUAUUCUACACGCUCUCUACAUCACUGGCCUCAACAUCCUGCACAAGAUGGUCGCCGAAGUGCUUACGGAAUGGGAAAAUCAUCGAUUAGAAUCCUCCUUCCAAAACCACUUGACAGUAAAAGUGUUGGUGUUUCGCUUUGUCAAUUGCUUUUCCGCCUUGUUCUACAUUUCCUUCUACCUCCAGGACCUUGAGCUCCUCAGAAAGGAUCUUGCAUCGCUGCUCAUUCUGACUCAGAUCAUCAAUCAAUUCGCAGAGACAUUGGUGCCCUAUUUCUACAAGAUGCUUCAUCGGAAAAGGGCAGGUCUGAAAAGUUGCACAAUGGAAAAUGCACCAGAAAUAGAUCAAAUAAAAUCGCAAGGGCAGAAGACACCAUUCCCUGGAAUGUUUGACGAGUACAUGGAGCUCUUUGUCCAGUUUGGAUACGUCAGCCUCUUCUCUUGCAUUUACCCACUGUCAGCAUUACUGAUCAUCCUCAACAACAUCACGGAAAUCCGCACGGAUGCUCUGAAGCUCUGCCGACUCUUCCAAAAACCUUUCAUCUCACCGGCAGCAAACAUAGGCGUCUGGCAGACUGCUUUCGAGACCAUAGGAUACCUGUCAGUCAUCACCAACUGUUUGCUAAUUAGUAUUUCCCCUCAAGUGAAAGAAUAUUGCGCAGAGAGUGACAUAACCUCGAAUAGCUUGUUAAUCUGGACAAUCGGAGUGGAGCAUGCCCUGCUGGUCAUAAAGAUGACUUUAGCUUUUGCCAUUCCUGACAUCCCCGCCUGGGUGAAGCUGAGGAUUGACAGAGUGGAGUAUCAGUCCCUUCAUGCCCUCAAACACAAGUUGUUUGAAGAAGAUAAAGGUCCUGGCAGAGAAACAGUGGAGAAAGAGGGAUGGCCCGGUGGAAUCGUGCGCUCGGAUUCUGCUGAUAGCUCACUGCACGCAAGCAACAGGCAGCUGAACUUACUGUGAGCACCACAUUGUCUUGCAAUGGGAAACACAGCAAGGGGAGCUCCCACACCAAACCUAGCACAGAGCUGCCAUCCUCAACUACCAACCUGGCUCCUUCACCACUUGAAUUAAUUCUCCUGUAUGUAUGUUGGGGUUGUUUUUUUGUUGCAUUGUAAUCAAUAUAUGCACGAUAUAUUAAUAAAGCGCAAUUGAUGAUAAAC